GCGGUGGUGCUGAGGCUGAUCAAGAUGGCUGUGUGCUGGGGAGCGGAGAGCUGAAAGAGAAGAAGGUAAAAGAGCCUCAGUUUGGAGCGGACUAGUCAAUAAGGGAAAGAGAAGACACGACGCCGGCGGUCACUGUCGGGGUGUACAUUUUAUUUCUGAACAGCGUAACGCUCGCUGCCAGGCCCUGAUUCUUCUAGGGGCGGCUGGCUUCUCCAUCUCCAGCCCAGAGAUUCACUUCCCGGCUGGAUCGUGAACUGAUAAGCUGAAUUACGGAAGCUGGUUAAGAAGCUGGACCCGGUACUACAGGCGCUUAUAAGAAAUGUCAUUGUUGUGUGUUGGAGUGAAGAAAGCCAAGCUUGAUGGACCCCAAGAGAAAUUUAACACAUACGUGACCCUGAAGGUGCAGAAUGUUAAGAGCACAACCAUUGCUGUGCGCGGCAGUCAGCCGUGCUGGGAGCAGGACUUCAUGUUUGAAAUAAACCGCCUGGAUUUGGGCUUAACGGUUGAGGUGUGGAAUAAAGGGCUGAUCUGGGACACCAUGGUGGGCACCUUAUGGAUCCCCCUGCACAGCAUACGGCAGUCCAACGAGGAGGGUCCAGGCCAGUGGCUGACUCUGGAUUCCAAUGCCAUCAUGGCAGAGAAUGAGAUCUGUGGAACCAAAGACCCGACCUUUCACCGGCUGCUGCUCGACACCCGCUUUGAACUGCCACUAGAUAUUCCAGAAGAAGAAGCCAGAUACUGGGCCAAAAAACUUGAACAACUCAACGCCAUGAGAGAUCAAGAUUAUGCCUAUCAAGAAGAACAGGAGCGACCCCUCCAUGCACCGUCCACACAGUGUUGUAAUUGGAGCUUGUGGGGAGAUCAGCAAAACGAGGACCCUGACAGCGCUGUGGACGACAGGGACAGCGACUACCGCAGCGAGACCAGUAACAGCAUCCCACCUCCUUUUUACACCACCUCCCAGCCUAACGCUUCCAUGCACCAGUAUCCCAUGAGGCAACAGCAAUACAGAGACUCAUACAGCGAAGACAUUCAAGACUUGGACUACGACCACAGAGCUAUGAGACGCUAUGAUAGUUUAGACUCGGCCACCAACGGGCGAAGUGAUAUCGACUCAGGCUCAGGGUCGAGCCGGCGCACCAGCCGUCAGUAUUCUCUAGACAGUAGGCACUCACUGUCCGAUAGCCCCACAGACAGUCAUUACGCCUCAUCGGGCGAAUUGAGUCGAGGAAGCUCUCAGCUCAGCGAGGAGUUUGUUCCAGAGGAGGGAGGAAGUUUGCGAGGGUCAGAGUUCUAUGAUGAAAACGACUCCUACCACUCCUGCCAUUCCUCCGUCAGCUACGGCAAAGAAGACUCACCAGGCUGGGAGGGCGAAGAUCCCCAAGGCGUCUACAGCGAUGAUGGAGGCUACCUCAAAGAUGGAGGGGAGGAGGGGGCGCUGUAUGCCGAAGAGGAAGGUGACAUGUACAGGGAGGAAGGAGACUACAACUACGAAGAUGAGGAGGAAAUGCCUUAUGAGGAAGAUGAGGAUAUGUAUCAACUUGACGGCACGCUAAGUGAAGACCAAGAGCCGCCCUACACCCCGACUCCAACAAGCACUGCCCCCACCCUGUUGCCCACCCCUGAUGGCCUGUCCUCCACCAGACCACCGCUGGAGAAACAGGCAUCGUUACAUCAUCAGAAGUCCGCUCAGGACCAGCUCCUGCCCCCCAGCACAGCUCCCGGUCUACCUCCAGUCACACAGGAGGACAAGCUGCCCCCUUUCAGCUCAGAAUCCGCCAUGCCUCCAUUUGCACCCACUGAGCCUGCUCUGUCAGCCACCGCUACAUUCACCCCGGACACCAAACCACACAUUCCAGCUCCGGAUACCGAGCUCCUGGAGCCCAAGCUCGAGUCUGAGGUGCCACUGGAGGAACUCAUACCCCCUGAACAGCCACCAGUGGAGCAAGAGAGUGUCCCUCCGGCUCUUGAAGAGAAAACAGAGCCACCUGCUCCAAGCUUUCCAAAGAGGGAAAUGAUGGAACCUGGUACUGCCAGAGCUAAAGCCAACUGGCUUAGACUUUUCAGCAGAGUACGACUACAGCUGCAAGAGGCCAGAGGGGAAAAUGUUGGCAUUGCCAAAUUGCUGUUAUCAGCAGGAAUGGGUGGCGCUCUGUAUAGUAUUGACAGCAUGCCAGACCUCAGGAAGAGGAAAGCUAUGCCUCUGGUCAGAGAUCUGUCUUUAGUUCAGAGCUCCAGGAAAGCAGGCAUAACCUCAGCGCUCACGUCCAGCACCCUUCAUAACGAAGAACUGAAGAGUCAUGUCUACAAGAAGACUCUCCAGGCCCUCAUAUAUCCCAUCUCCUGCACCACCCCUCACAAUUUUGAGGUGUGGACGGCCACCACACCCACUUACUGCUACGAGUGUGAGGGACUGCUUUGGGGUAUCGCCCGUCAGGGUAUGCGCUGUACCGAGUGUGGAGUCAAAUGCCACGAGAAGUGCCAAGAUCUACUCAAUGCUGACUGUCUGCAAAGAGCGGCAGAGAAGAGCUCCAAACACGGUGCGGAGGAUCGAACCCAGAACAUCAUCAUGGUUCUCAAAGACCGGAUGAAGAUCAGAGAGAGGAACAAACCUGAGAUCUUUGAGCUCAUUCAGGAGGUGUUCUCCAUCGUCAAAGCAACCCAUGUCACCUACAUGAAGCAGAUCAAACAGAGCGUACUGGAUGGCACUUCGAAAUGGUCAGCCAAGAUCUGCAUCACAGUGUUGUGUGCCCAGGGUUUACAAGCCAAGGAUAAAACAGGUUCAAGUGAUCCAUAUGUCACCGUCCAGGUGGGAAAGACCAAAAAGAGGACCAAGACCAUUUACGGAAACCUCAACCCUGUGUGGGAGGAGACCUUCAACUUUGAAUGUCACAACUCCUCAGACCGCAUCAAGGUGAGGGUGUGGGACGAGGACGACGACAUCAAGUCUCGAGUAAAGCAAAAGUUUAAACGGGAGUCAGACGACUUCCUCGGUCAAACUAUCAUUGAAGUCCGCACACUGAGCGGAGAGAUGGACGUCUGGUACAAUCUGGACAAGCGUACUGACAAAUCAGCUGUGUCUGGAGCUAUUCGCAUGCACAUCAAUGUAGAGAUCAAAGGAGAGGAGACAGUCGCCCCAUAUCAUGUUCAGUACACUUGUUUACAUGAGAACCUCUUCCACUUCGUGACAGAUAUUCAGAACAAUGGUGUGGUGAAGAUCCCUGAUGCUAAAGGGGACGAUGCAUGGAAGGUCUAUUUCGAGGAGACUCCCCAGGAGAUUGUUGAUGAGUUUGCCAUGCGCUAUGGAGUGGAGUCCAUCUACCAGGCCAUGACUCACUUUGCCUGCCUGUCGUCUAAGUACAUGUGCCCAGGUGUGCCUGCAGUGAUGAGUACACUUCUAGCCAACAUCAAUGCCUACUACGCUCACACAACCCAGGCAACAAACAACGUCUCUGCCUCCGACCGCUUUGCUGCUUCUAACUUUGGGAAAGAGCGAUUUGUCAAGCUUCUCGACCAGCUUCACAACUCUCUGAGGAUUGACCUGUCCAUGUACAGAAACAACUUCCCUGCCAGCAGUCCUGAGAGGCUGCAGGACCUCAAAUCCACUGUGGACCUUCUCACCAGUAUCACCUUCUUCAGAAUGAAGGUCCAAGAGCUUCAGUCUCCACCCAGAGCCAGUCAGGUAGUGAAGGAUUGUGUCAAAGCCUGUCUCAACUCCACCUACGAGUACAUCUUCAAUAACUGCCAUGAGCUGUACAGCCGCGAGUACCAGACAGACCCGGCCAAACCAGGUCCUGUGCCUCCAGAAGAACAGGGACCAAGCAUCAAGAAUCUGGAUUUUUGGUCCAAACUCAUCACACUUAUCGUUUCUAUUAUUGAGGAGGACAAAAACUCCUACACUCCCUGCCUAAACCAAUUUCCUCAGGAGCUCAACGUGGGUAAAAUCAGCGCUGAAGUGAUGUGGAAUCUGUUUGCUCAGGAUAUGAAGUAUGCAAUGGAGGAACAUGAAAAAAAUCGUUUUUGCAAGAGUGCCGAUUACAUGAACCUGCACUUCAAAGUCAAGUGGCUGUACAACGAGUACUGCAAAGACCUGCCCUUCUUCAAGAGCAGAGUGCCUGAAUAUCCUGCGUGGUUUGAGCCAUUUGUCAUUCAGUGGCUGGAUGAAAACGAGGAGGUGUCUCGGGACUUUCUGCAUGGUGCUUUGGAGAGAGACAAAAAAGAUGGGUUUCAGAUCACAUCAGAACAUGCUCUGUUCUCCUGUUCAGUGGUGGAUGUGUUUUCCCAGCUGAACCAGAGCUUUGAGAUCAUCAGGAAGCUUGAGUGUCCGGAUCCACAGAUCGUAGGACACUACAUGAAGAGAUUUGCAAAGACUAUCAGCAAUGUACUCCUGUCCUAUGCUGAUAUCCUCUCAAAGUGUUUCCCUAACUAUAUCAACAUGGAGAAAGUGCCCUGCAUCCUGAUCAACAACAUCCAACAGCUGAGAGUUCAGCUGGAGAAGAUGUUUGAAGCCAUGGGAGGAAAAGAUCUUUGUGUGGAGGCCAGCGAUAUCCUGAAAGAUCUGCAGGUUAAACUCAACAAUGUCAUGGAUGAUCUCAGCAGGAUCUUCUCUGUCAGCUUCCAGCCUCACAUAGAGGAGAAUGUGAAGCAGAUGGGAGACAUCUUGGCCCAGGUGAAAGGGACCACAAAUGUGGGAAACGCCAGCAGUGUGGCCCAAGAUGCUGACAAUGUCCUGCAGCCCAUCAUGGAGUUCCUGGACAGCAACCUGACUUUGUUUGCUAAGAUCUGUGAGAAGACUGUACUGAAACGUGUGUUGAAGGAGCUGUGGAAGCUGGUGAUGAACACGAUGGAGAAGACCAUCGUUCUGCCGCCACUUACAGACCAAACGGGGAGGCUGAAGAAUGCUUCUCACAGUGAUGGCACUCAGCUCAUCUUUAAUGCUGCCAAGGAGCUGGGACAGCUGUCCAAGCUGAAGGAGCACAUGGUUCGUGAGGAAGCUAAAGCACUCUCCCCUAAGCAGUGUGCUGUGAUAGAGCUGGCCCUGGAUACCAUCAAGCAAUAUUUCCAUGCUGGUGGUGUUGGUCUGAAGAAGACUUUCCUGGAGAAGAGUCCUGACCUCUUGUCGCUCCACUACGCUCUGUCGCUCUACACUCAAGCUACAGACAAACUCAUUAAGACCUUUGUCCAGUCACAGACCUCACAAGUGUUCGGCGGGAAGGGGGUCAGGUUCACCACUAGUGAGGAUGUUUACCCAGAAAAGGGCUCUGGGGUGGACGAUGCUGUUGGAGAGGUGUCUAUUCAUGUGGAGAUUUUCACUCACCCCAACACUGGAGAGCACAAGGUCACAGUCAAAGUGGUGGCUGCCAAUGACCUGAGGUGGCAGACGCAGGGAAUAUUCCGGCCUUUUGUGGAGGUCUUUAUCAUCGGCCCUCACCUCAGUGACAAGAAGAGGAAGUACGCCACCAAGUCGAAGAACAACAGCUGGGCUCCCAAAUAUAAUGAGACCUUCACUUUCGCCCUGAGCAGCGAGGUGGGUCCUGAGUGCUAUGAGCUGCAGGUGUGUGUGAAGGAUUACUGCUUUGCCCGUGAAGACCGCACAGUGGGCAUGUCUGUCCUGCAGCUCAAGGACCUAGCCUCCAAAGGAAGCGCCGCCUGCUGGCUGCCACUGGGUAAACGCAUCAACAUGGACGAGACGGGCCUCACAGUCCUGCGGAUCCUCUCCCAACGCAACAAUGACGACGUGGCCAAGGAGUUUGUCAAGCUCAAAUCAGACCAGCGCUCUGCAGAGGAGGGACGCAGCUAAGUGACACAAACAAUUCAAAUCAACCCGUCUGAAGCGCAAACCUUCUGCCAUGGAGCUCCUCUGAGCCACUGCUAGCCACUGCCCUGAUGAUCCAGUGUUGUAAAAGCACAGAUAAGACAACAGUAACACACAUCCAGUGCUGUAAAUACACUCAUUUCAGUGGAAAGGGCAGAGUGCUAAAGAAGGCAUCACUGAUUUUAUUUAAAAACAAAUAGCACCCAUUUCUUUAUUGUUGCAGAUAUUAUCAGCCAUCCUUUUGAUGCACAAUACAUAUAUUUUAACCAUAGAGUGUAUAUCCACUUUCCUCUACUCAAAGAGGUCAGUAACGCCAUACAACCCAUGCAUGUAUUCACACAAGUACGCCCUGAUUGAAAAGUUAGGGUGAGAGAUAUCUUGUAGCCUUUAACAUUUACCUUUCUGUCUCACUAUUUAUUUCCAUUUUGCUUUCGCCCUUCUUUCCACUCUGCGCUCCCUUCCCUGGCCUGCCCCCCCUGUUCAGAGAAAGGCACCACAAGUGCCAACAGAUAAUCACUGAAAUAUGCCAAGACCAGCCCCAAGCACAACAGGACCAACUGUCCAACAAAUCUAUUGACGACAACAAAAUGGCUGCGAGGCCUAAAACAUUCCAUAUAUCACGAAAUGGGAACAAAGCAAUAUUUAGUUACAAUAAAUUAUUUAUUUACUGCUUUCUUCCUCUAAAUUAUUUUAUAUUGAAAUGAUUCUAUAUAUCAUUAUAUAUAAAUUAUAAAAGAUACACAGGUAUGUAGUUAUAUACAGGAUUAGGCGAUGGACGUGUGGUACUUGAAAGAUUGUCUUUGUCUGUCUUUUGUCCGUCUACCCUGUAACAGAGCACACUGCCUGACACCCACAAUGCCUUGUCUUGUCGAGCCUCGUACAGUUUGUCUGUCUCCUGUACAGAGACUGUAUAGAGAGAUGAAUCUGAUGAAAAACACGCCCUGGAGCACUGUGGUUCACCAGACUUUUUAUGUGUGUAUAGUUUGUGUUUAUGUGUGAGUGUGUCUGUAAGAUGUUCUAAUGUUGACCUCAUGUAGCCGCCCGUGUUGCCUGUUACCUGCAAAUGUAAUCACAGGAAGCCAUCACAAGCAGAGCGCGUCACAUAGAGGGGGUAGUUCCCACUCAGAUUCGAUUUUUUUUUUGUAUUUUCCAAGUGUCUUUCACUUUGGGGAGGGGGAUUCUUUUAACUUGUGAUGUUUAUUUUGGUCUUCUUUUUCUAACUAAAACAUUCCAAUGCUACACAGUUUGAAAAUAUAUGAAGAGAAGAAAAACAAUUACUGCCAACCUUCUCCUCUAAAAAAAUGUAGAUAAUUAACAAAUCUGUAUCAGAGGAGAUGAAAAAAAAAACACAACCUGCGUCCACAGGAGAUGACUGAUCACUAAUGAUCUACCACACAUGAUCUUUAAUGAGCCACUGCAGGUGCUGAAACCCUGCUCUCUCUCACUGAGCAGUCAGACCUCUGCUAAAGGGCUGCAGAUCCAGACCACAACAGGUCUGGAUCUGACAUUUCAAAGAGGGCCUGCAGUUUAGUCAAGAUGUAGUGAUUUAGAAGCACAGGGUCUUUAAAGCAUCCCAAAUAAAGUUGACACUCUGAUUUUUUAUUUUAUUCUUUAGUAUGACAUGACAGGUGUUACACAACAAGGCUUCAUCCUAGAGUAAGAUGUAGUCACUACAUUGUAAUAAAAAAAAGCUCAGUUUGACUUUCCAGCAUGUCUUUCAAUUCAACUUUUUUUUUACACCUUUCUUUGAAACAAAUAUUAAUUUAUUGCUUUGUUUGUCUUCUGCGAAGAAAAAAAACUCCAUGAUGUCAAAGAUCACAGACUUUAAACAUUAAUGAGACUCCAGAUAAAAAAAAAAUAUAUCAGGGUAUUUUUUCUUCUAUUCCUGCCUCUGUUUUAAGUCUUCACUGAUAAGGACCUUCACCCUUAAAGCACUUGAUCAACUUUUAACUGAACAGGCCCCCUCUAUUGAACAAGGUGUAACUGAACUCUAUGCAUCUAAUCUAAAAAAUAAAAAAAAAUCUAUGUAGAUGAGUCAUUUUUGAAGCAGUCUCAUAAUGUUUACAUUGUGAAUUCUUCUUCUUAUAUCAGCACAAGUCUUUGUCUGAUAUUUUGUAAAUGCUGUCUCUAUUUUAAUGGGCAAAAUAUAACAGAUGUUGUUGAGACUGAAGUUUGUUUGUACAGCUUUUCAGUGCGGAGGAGCAUAACGUGGAGGGUAGUGAUCGAUUGUUGAUGUUUUGGGCGUUGUAAAUAGCUCGGAUGUAACAAACAUGUCAGACUAUCUGAAGUGAAGUUUGCUGCUCUUUUGUAGACUUGAAUUUUGCUCUGGGUGAUUGGGCAGUUAGGGAUUGUGUGUGUGUGCGUGCAUGCGUGCGUGCGUGUGUGUGUGUGUGUGUGCCCACUGUGGAUAUGUAGCUAUUAUUGGAAGAGAUAUGAAGGCCAUGUACACACUAGAGAUGAAUAACAAGCAAUUUGCACUCAGAUUUGCAAUCUCAUUAUUUAACAGGCUUGAUUAAAAGCCCAAUAAAUACAGGCUUUGCUUCUGAUUUCAACACUGGCAUUAUAUACCUUCUUAAAGACUAUACAAAGGAAAAGUACCACUUUAAAAGAGCUAAAUUUAACAUGUCACUCUAUUGUGUGUACAAGGUCUUUUAUUCAAGGGGACAUCUGUACAGUCUUUUAACACUUUCAAAUAACAGGUACACAACUGUCACAUAGCUGGAAAUGCCAAGAAAAAGAUCUUUCUUUAUUGCUGUUGACAAUGAUACUUUAGUGGAGGGAUUUCCUCCUCCUUCAGAGGCUCAGUUUGCGUGUUGGUUGUGUUAGACAGGCAUGUUGAAUGCACACAGGAGUUAAGAAUGAGGAUAAAUGUAGAAGCACAAUGAAAAGCACACAGACACGAAGCGGACAGACAUGCAUGAUCCAUUCUGUCUAGCUGACCAGGUCUGACACAGACACGCCUGCACAGCGACACCCGUUCUGUUCUCCAGAAAAGGUGCAUGAGAGGAGCAAUUAAAAAAAAAAGAAAAAAAGAGAAGAAAAAAAUGUAUUGUGCCAGCACGCAUAAUUAUUUGAUGUGAACUGCCAAUUGUUGUCUCCUUUUAUUUUGAUAUUACAUUAUUGUUUUCUAUUUUUCAAAUGUUUGUGAAUAUAUAAAUAUGUAUGACUUAUGAUGUGUAGUGGUACAAAGUACUCGCAUGAGAAUUUUUUUAUACAGGAGAUGUUUCUAAUUUUUGAGUUUUUUUUUUAUUCUGGUUGUUCUUAUUGGAGGUCGAGGUUACUGGGACUGCAGUCUCAUUGUGUUUCUGCUUCCAAUAAAAUAUGUUUAAAAAAAACAAAAACAA